CGAAAAAGGGCAAACAAUUUAUUUGUGAAAUUACUGAAUAUUUUAAUGAAUUUCGUAUUUUGCGACAGCCUUGGAGUUAUAUUUUGUUAGAACAAGAUUUCCACUACCUCUAUCCAAAUUAUUCGAUGCAACUUCUGUCUAAUUGGGAGAAAAUUGCUCCAAAAAUAAAAAAACUUUUGAAAACUACUAUAAAAUCCACAACUGUUGAAGAUAAUACAUUCAAAUACUUUUCAUUUUGCUGUCUUCUUUGUACAGGAACAGUAGGAAAGAUCAAUUUAUUUUCAGAGGAAAUUGUAAAGGUGUUGCUAGCAAUUCUAACACUUUUUUCUCCAACAAAUGUUGGAAAGUGGCGUCCUACAGCUGCAGACUUGGGUGCUGGUUUCCUGCUGCAUAUCAAAGUUUUACGAGACUUGGAAGUGCAAGUAGAACGUAUGAGGCAGAAACUCUUUGCUGCUAAGAAACAACUUCAGCCGUUCUCUGUCAUAAUUGGUGAAAAUAUAGCAAAUAUAACGGAAUCCUAUGUUUAUAUCGAUAAUUUUCCAUAUAAGAUAGAAAGUCCUUUACGUGCAAUAGAUGUAUGUUUCAAAGCGUAUCAUGCUUUGCAUGCGUCCUAUCCCUUUCAGAGUAGCCAACCAUGGCUUUUCCUUCAGCAAGCUAUUUAUCAAUUUAAAACUCAAUGGGAUGAACAUGUACCAUCUGUAGCAACAUUGGUAAAUGAUUAUUUGCAGUUAACAGAUAAUUAAGGGGCUAGUCCCAGUGGU